CCAGAAUAACCCAGCUGAACGACAUUUUAACUAUCUUAUAAAGUAUUUCUGGGAUCACACCACUGUUCUACAUUACCAUUUCUCUAAGGUUGAGGUGAAAAAAAAAAAAACAGAGCUGUCAUCAUGGCGCUAAUGAUAUUGCCACUCAUUGGAUCAGUGUCAGUAUCAGAGAGUUUGGUGGCCUUGACAGCAGUGUGUCUGGUCUACCUGAUUCUCAAGGUUUUCCAAACUAAGAUUCCUGAAGGACUUCGUCAACUCCCUGGACCAAAGCCCUUGCCUAUCAUUGGGAAUGUGCUGGAGGUGGGCAACAAACCUUAUCUGAGUCUCACUGCUAUGAGAAAGCGCUACGGUAAUGUCUUCCAGAUCCAGAUUGGCAUGCGUCCUGUGGUCGUACUGAGUGGCUAUGAAACAGUUCGACAGGCCCUCAUCAAGCAAGGGGAUGAUUUCGCAGGCAGACCUGACCUGCACAGUUUCCGGUACAUCAGUGAUGGCAAAAGUCUGGCUUUCAGUACAGAUGAAGCCGGUGUAUGGCGUGCUCGCAGAAAGCUGGCCUACAGUGCCCUGCGCUCCUUUUCCACCCUGGAGGGCACAACCCCAGAAUACUCCUGUGUUCUGGAGGAGCACAUCUGCAAAGAGGGAGAGUAUCUAGUCAAACAGCUCAACACUGUCAUGAAGGUUGAUGGCAGCUUUGACCCCUUCCGCCACAUAGUUGUCUCUGUGGCAAACGUCAUCUGUGGAAUGUGCUUUGGUCGACGCUAUGACCACAAUGACCAGGAGCUGCUUAACUUGGUGAAUGUCAGUGAUGAGUUCAACCAGGUAGUGGGAAGUGGCAACCCUGCAGACUUCAUCCCUCUUCUUCAAUUCCUUCCCAACCCAACCAUGAAGAAAUUUGUGAGCAUCAAUGAUCGCUUCAACAAGUUUGUGCAAAAGAUUGUCAGCGAGCACUAUUCCACCUUUGACAAGGAUAACAUUCGUGACAUCACAGAUGCCCUCAUUGAUCACUGUGAGGACAGGAAACUGGAUGAGAACUCAAAUGUCCAGGUGUCAGAUGAGAAGAUUGUAUCAAUUGUGAAUGACCUGUUUGGAGCUGGUUUUGACACUGUCAGCACUGCCCUGUCAUGGUCAGUAAUGUAUUUGGUGGCUUACCCAGAAAUACAAGAGAGGCUUUAUCAAGAAUUGAAGGUGAAAGUGGGUCUGGAUUGCACUCCUCGUCUCUCUGAUAGACCCAACUUACCUUUCCUGGAGGCCUUCAUCCUGGAGAUCUUUCGGCACUCUUCGUUCCUGCCAUUCACUAUCCCACACUGCACCACAAAAAACACAUCUCUGAAUGGCUACUUCAUUCCCAAAGACACCUGUGUCUUCAUCAAUCAGUGGCAGGUCAACCAUGAUCCUGAGCUGUGGAAAGAUCCAUCUUCCUUCAACCCAGACCGUUUCCUGAGCACUGAUGGCAAUGAGGUCAACAGGCUAGAAGGGGAGAAGGUGCUGGCUUUUGGUUUGGGCAAGAGGCGUUGCAUCGGCGAGGUCAUUGCACGAAAUGAAGUCUUCCUCUUCUUGGCAGUCAUUGUCCAGAAGAUGCAAUUCCAUGCUAUACCCGGAGAGCCACUGAACAUGACACCAGAAUAUGGUCUCACAAUGAAGCACAGACGCUGCCACCUGAGAGCCACAAUGCGAGCGAGGAUUGAGCAGUGAAGCUAAUAAUGUAUUUGUGUGCAAUGUAUGACUCAACAGGUGGUAGAAGUGGACUCUAACACUGUAAGGUUAAGAGUCAGUGAAAGCAUCUUUCUCAAAAUGUAAGGAACUGAAUGCUGAACUGUUUAUACAAGGCUAAUAGCAUUGAAGCAAAUAAGCAGAAUUUGCAUGCUGCAGAUCAUCUGAGAUGUCUAGGUUUGUGUGAACAUAUCUCUGUCCUGUUUUAGGUUUACUAAGAGAUAUUCCUGCACAUGGUUGCUGCUUCUUACUGAAGUAUAAGGAGAUGCCUGGUUCUCCUGUUACAUUAAAAUACUAAUCUGCUCCUAUUCAGAACUUGUAAAACAAACAGAAACUAAGUUGACCUGAUCAGCUUUUGGACAAACAAUAUGUUUUACUGGAUAAACAUAACUAUUUCAAGCCACUGCAAUCUCUGUUUUUCUGUAACACAGGACUCUGAAUUGAACAGAUAUAAAUAAUGAUAGCUACAAUUUUUUCUUAUAAGCUAAUAUUUGUAUUCUAUGGUAAUGUAGAUGUAAGACACUGAAGCUAUAUCUGUAUCCCAAAAUGUGAUUUUGUGUAGGCUAUGAAUCAGGUUCUUUGUAUUUUUUAAAGUAAUUUGUAUGUGCCUGGUAUUUACAUAUAUCUGAGGUCAUAUAGUUUUGCUGUGAUUUCUGGAAUGUAUUAGUAGGUUAUACAGUGUUCUAUUUCUUCAAGUUCAAAUAAAAUA